AUGGAAUUAUAAAAAGUCACAAAUGGGGCAAACGUACAGUUAUUAUACGUCGGCGGUGGUAGAGGACGUCUCUGAAUCCGGUACUGAUGAUGACGAGUCUGAGUCUGAAGUUGAAGAAGUCAUCGUGAUGCCAUCGCUGGAUCUUGAUCAAACCCCGGCAGAUAAUGAACUCGAAACACCAACCGUCGAAGUCGAGCCAACAACCGUCGAAGUCGAGCCACCAACCGUCGAGCCACCAGCUAUCAAGAAAAAAUCUCUCAAAAAGAAGACUUCGUCACCAUUUUUUCGAGUAUUUCGACCAGUCGCCAAAGUUGAAACACCAGCUGAAGAACAUGAAACAUCUAAUAGUGAAGUGAAAGACGAAACAGCAGCAGUAGAAGAAAAUAAAACACAAGCUUUGGAAGAGACUGACACACCUAAUGGUGGAGUUGAAGAUGAAACAACAGCAGAAGUAGCAGAUAAUGAAGAGCAACCUCUGGAAGAGGUCACGACAAAGGCUAAAGUCGAGACACUAAUAGUUGAAGUCGAAGACCUGACCGUUGAUGUUGGGGCAGAAGCAGCGACAAAUGAAGAAGAAAAAGAAGAAGCGAUAUGGGCAAAGGGUCCGGGCUUGAUGGACUGUUUUGUCGGUGAUCUGGGUGACUUCCAAGUCUUCACCAAAGAUGAUGGACUCGGUUCAUUAAGUGUGAACGUAAAGGGACCCAAACCCAAAUCUAAAUUAAAUAAGUGGAAGGGAACGAAACGGCCGGUCAGUUGUAGAUACAACCCAAAAGUAGCCGGAAAGUACAUUAUCACAAUCAAAUGGGGCAAAAAUUGUAAAAACCACGUCAAAGGAAGUCCAUUCACAGUACAAGUCACAGAUCGUCCAGCUGAAGAAAUCGAAACACCAGCAAUAGAAUUGGAAUCGCCAGCGGUUGAAACGUCAAGUGUUGAUCUUAGCCUCGAAUCAGAUGAGGAAGAAUCAGAUGAGGAAGUAGCAGUGGAGGAAGGAACAUAUUGCAGGAUUUUGUGAACAUUUAAAAAAUGAUUAAUGUGACAUGUAUAGCAUAGAUUAAAAAGUUUAAUUAGAUUGAUAGUUAAAAAUAUAUGAGAAUUAGUAUGGCUUGGACAUCAAAUGUUGGAAUUGAAACAUCAGCGAUCAAAUUCGAAACACCAAAUGUUAAAAUGAAAACAAAAAAUGUUGAAAUCUAGAGCUGUUGAAAUCGAAAAUCAGUUAUUGAAGUCGAAAAUCAACAUUGGAAGUUGAAGCAACUGCUGUUGAAUUCGAAUCACCUAUGUUAUACCGGAUUUGUAACUUAUAUAGUGUGGACACAAUGUUUGUAAUCAGUGAAAAAUUUAAAGUUAUAUUGAUU